GCGACUCGCGAUACUACCCAGAUAAGGUAAUUCGCCAAGGACGGGAUGAUGGCAUGGGCUGCCGUAGUUUGAAACGGAAAAGGGAGGAUAUUGAGGCUGUUGCACGAGGGUACUCGACUCGAGCAACGCGAGCGACUCGAGCAGCGCGUAAGUAGACAUGGGCGAGUACAAUUACUAAGGACGCAUUCCAGAAGGCUGCUAGAAGGCCGCUAAGUAUCGUGAAACGCAGGCAGAGACCAGUCACCAGCACCGUUCGGGGUCGAAGACGAAGACAAUAUGAUGUCAACUUGAUUUAGGCAUUGUUUGCGGAGAGCGCGCGCUGCUUUCCAUCAAAAGGCCCGAAUGUAAUGUGGUUCGAAUCAGCCAUGCGACGCAUCCGAUGAAUUGCUUCUUGCAGGAUCAGGCAGGAGGGGCGCAUGCAAUGCGGUGUCGAGGGACAUUGUGCGAAAAGAAACAACAAGAUUUUGACCAGUGGCCGUCGCGCAUUGCCAUCUUCUCGCCCAAGGCCAGUGUAGAGGGCGUGAUAGGCAGCCAAAAGAAAAAGGAGGGCCGUAUCGCAGUUUCCAAUGGAGUGGAUGUAACAUGUGAAAAAUGCGCGAGUUCAGCAUCCAGUCAAUGGCGCACGACUAAUCAUGACGCGAUGAGUUUCUAAUAUAUGCUCCGGUAUUA